CAACGUACAUACUCAGCCAGUUGCAACUUGCAAGUGCCAAGGACUCUGAGCAUGGCAUCUGUUUUCUGGCCAUGCGAUGUUGCAAGAAGCGGAUUCUACUACGGGUGGGAUCAUCCUGCAUUGUGUGUAGCAGGGGUGCUAGAGGUCGAGGAGGACUCACAUGCAGACGCUCUACUUCAGCGUGUCGCUCGUUCCACGGAAGCACAAGUCCUGAUUAAAAUUUGUGGUACUCCACGCAUUCUCGGACGUUGUAUAUUCAGUUCAUUCGCGAGGUCAUCAUACCCCCAACCAGAUGUCGAAAUGUUCUGCGGUCCCUCACGCACAUGCUCUGCUGCGUACAUAUACUACCAUCGUCGCGAUGAAAAUUCUUUGCGGUUUUAUGCCUUGGGUUCGAAUGGACCACGCCUUUCCGAUCUUCAGGAUGAGGUCUUGCGCUCGAGCUUGAAGCACGAUUUUUUGCAUACUGCGUCGUUGCGAAGCGUGUCGAAUACAGGGCAGAUCCUCGUCAAUCAAUGGAAUUCUGCAAAAUCCCUCGAGCAGUUCAUAGAGCACGAGCAGCGUGCCCAGGCUACCGUCAUCCAAGAGCCCAACGCUCGCUUUAAAGAGACCUCAAAGUUUACGGUUAUCAAUAAGAAAUUCCAAUGUACAAUUGACGGAAUCGAGAGUUCGACAAACCUUUUCUGGCGUGUCGCGUCCUUUGUCUUCGUCUAUUCGAGAGAAUUUAGCAUCGUAGUCCAACAGAUUGAAUCUAGGGUGAGGAAGUUACGUCGCUUGCUCCGUGGUGUGCAGCCUGUUCCCAAUGGGGACGUGAGGCUCAAGUCUUCUCAGUACAUCGAGUUUUACAACACCCUCUGGAUCAUUUUAAAUGAUCUCAUCAUUGGGAUUGCGCUUCGUCAAUUUUUACGGCAGGACCGUCAGGCUUUUCUGCACCUUUUCAAGCUCGCCUUUGAGGACAAGGCUGUGCAUAAAAUACGACAAAUCCUUCUGUGGCUUGACAGCUGGCCUGCAGGCCUUAAGCUCAACACCGAACUCAGUCGAUUCUACUCACAUAGCUUUAUGGGACUGAUUGCGCUUUGGAACAGAGGCUUCCAAUCCGUCAUACCUCUCAUUCCUAUGUUAUUGAGUGCGCUUGAGCUUGGAAGCGGGUUUGGGGCGACCAUGGCGCUUGCCAUGGUAUGUGAUCUUGUCUGCGUCUUUAUGACGCAUGUACAACUAUGCUAUUUAGUCUCGGUGACUGUGUAUGGUCAUUUGUUACGCUUGGCGGCAUCACUUUGGAAUCUUUUUCGAGGACGACGACACAACGUGCUAAGGAAUCGGACGGAUCCUUGGGACUACGAUGUCGACCAGCUACUUUUGGGGACUAUUCUCUUUACACUGGUUGCUUAUCUCUUUCCCACCGUUCUGGUGUACUACAUCUUAUUCGCUACAAUGCGUGUCUCGACUAUUCUAGUGUAUGCGAGUUUGGAGACAAUGCUUGCGUUCAUGAAUUAUUUUCCACUUUUUGCAUUAAUGCUGAGAGUCAAAGAUCCACAGCGAUCACCUAGUGACAUUUAUAUGAGAGUGGAACCAACCAAGGGCGGAAAUGGCGUAGAUGUUUCUGUCGAGAGCCACCCAUUGCCUCUUGCUGUCAUUUUCAGCCAGUAUGUCGAACUAUGGAAGCGAUUGGCAAAGCAUUAUCACCCAUUUCGUCUCGCGUGGCAUGUCAUGUCAGGGCGAGUUCUCGAUACCAUCCCAAGAACAUAUAUCCAUAGCACUACCUGAUAAAUCUGUCGAGGGUGUAUUUUCACUAUGGCAGUAGUGGGUUUUGUGUUUGUCCUGGUCCGGCUUUGCACCUAUGUUUCUCCCAUUACCUAGUUAGUAGAGUGUGACUCCUAUAGUGUGCAUUACCUAGUCACCACUACUUUGGAUGGUGGCUAAAUGGUUGGUGAAAAAGCACUGACACCCUAUAUUUCAGUGUUCAUUAAGAAGCCUAGGUUUAUUUCCAGUUUGUUUUGUGUAGUUUAUUUCUAUUGUGGCAUGGCAAUGAGUGACAAGCUGUGA